ACAGAUCCGCUAAUAAAUAUAUAUUCAACCGUGCGUCCAUUGUAGUACUAUUAUAGGUAUUUCUGCUACUGAUGGUGGUGUGUUUAGUGAGCGACUCGCGUAGUAUAGUACACGUUGUGAUGAUAUAAGCGUUGACUAAAUGCACAGUGACAUACUGGUUAUCGACCAGUUAUAUUAUAUUCUAUUGUUGUCGAGGAGCGAGCGCUGAAAUAUUCAACUAAUACAACAAUAGCAGAAUAAUUAUUGUAUUGUCUAACAUUGAAGUGAUAAAAAAUUAAGUGUAAAAGUGAACCAAAUAGUUUUUUGUGUGAAGUGAAGUUUUCAUUUUCCCCAAUAUUUUUUUAAAUAUACUUAAAUGUGCUAAAACAUUAAAAAUAUAAAAUAAAUACAAAACUAUAUUAAAUUGUGUCAAAAUGACAACAACGCAAGCAAAAAGAACUUAUACAAAUCGUAAAAUAUUUUCGUUACCAGAUGAUUACACUUUACGAUCGAAUAAAAAUCGCUCAUCAACUGCAACUCGUAAAAAUGAAGAUAUUGUUAAAUUAGUGAAAUAUAUUGAUGAAAGUAUUAUUGGGAAAAAUUCUACAUUUCAAGGACCAUUUGGACGACGUAAAGUUGUAUAUUGUGAUUAUGUGGCAUCUGGACGAUCAUUACAAUUUAUUGAAGAAUAUAUUAUAAAAGAAGUUUUACCAAGUUAUGGAAAUACACAUGCUAGUACAAAUAUUACAUCAUUACAAUCUACACUAUUUAGACAAGAAGCCCGUGACAUAAUACGAAAUGCAGUGAAUGCAUCCGAUGAUGAUGUUGUCAUUUUUGCUGGACAUGGGUCUACGGCAGCAGUACAAAAAUUAUUAUCGGUUCUUGGAUUACAUCGUGGUGAUGUAGAACCACCGAUCGUUUUUGCUGGCUCAUGUGAUCACCAUACAAAUUUAUUACCAUGGCGAGAAAUUGGUGCUCAAGUUGUCAAAAUCAAUGAAACAAAAGAAGGUCAUUUAGAUUUAAAUGAUCUUGAAAAUCAAUUACAAAUGCAUUAUCAUGAUGGCAAAAUGUUAAUUGGUUGUUUCUCAGCUGUAUCAAAUAUUACGGGUAUUGAAACGGAUACAGUUGCGACAACAUUAAUUUUACAUCAAUAUGGUGCAUUAUCAUUUUGGGACUAUGCAACAGCAGCACCCUAUACACAAAUUGAUAUGAAUCCAGAAUUUCCUGAAUUAAGUCAACCAACCGUAUUUAAAGAUGCUAUUUUCUUUUCUGGUCAUAAAUUUAUUGGUGGCUUACAAACUCCAGGAAUUCUUAUCGCAAAAAAAUCAUUAUUUCGACGAACUAUCCCUGAUUAUUGUAUUCAAAUGUUAGAUCAUCAUUUUACUAGCAUGGAACAAUAUGUCCAGGAUACUGAGCUACGUCAAGAAGGUGCAACGGCCGCUGUUGUUGAAUCAAUUCGAGCAGCUUUAGCUGUGCAAUUAAAAGAAACUGUUGGUGUGACUUCUAUUAUGUCAAAAGCAGAAAAAAUUUCAAGAAAUAUGUUGGCACACAUUCGUACAAUUCCCGAAAUAUUACUUUUGGGAAGUGGAUGUCAAAUACAAAAACGUUUGCCGAUUUUCUCAUUUAUGGUACGUCAUCCACGUGGAACAUUUUUACAUCAUAAUUUCGUUUGUGCUGUGCUAAAUGAUGUAUUUGGAAUUCAAGGGCGUGCUGGAUGCGCAUGUGCUGGGCCAUAUGCUCAAGAUUUACUGGGAAUAGACGAUGAUCUCGCUGCAGAAUAUGAAAGUAUUUUAACAGAAGAUAGAGUUUCAGAACAAUUACAAACGAGAUAUAUUUCAAAACAUUCAAAUUUGGAAGUACUUCGCCCAGGAUUUACACGAAUCAGUUUACCGUAUUGUAUGUCUGAACCAGAAGUUACUUAUGUAAUGGAAGCUAUUAAAAUGGUAGCAACCGAAGGUUGGAAAUUAUUACCUCAAUAUGUUUUAAGUCAAGAAACCGGUGAAUGGCGUCAUCAUACUAACAUGAUGUGUAAAGAUCGUAAAUGGCUAUCUUCUAUCAGAUACACAGACGGAAAAAUGCUCACAAAUGAGCGUAGAAUAUCGGGGCCUGGGACAUUUCCACAAAGUUAUGCUGAUUGCCUCCAGACAGCUAGAAAUAUAUUCAAUCGUGCUCGAAAAAUGGCACAAAAACAUCCAGUUUCUGAACAAUGUUUAAUGUUAGAUGCACAAACUGAAAAAUUACGGUGGUUUAUGUUACCAAGUGAAGCGCAAGAUUUAUUACUUGGUAAUUCACAAAAUGUCAAGCAUGAUGUACCUUUUCAACCGGUUACAUUUUUUGGCUCACGGCAUAGUUUUACGGAACAACAAAGUCCAAAACAACGUACUCAUAACGCAACUCCUUAUGGAUCACCGAGACAUUUUAGUUUACCUGUAAUGGAUGAUAAAAGUCCAUUUUAUUAUCCCUUGCCACCGUCAACACCCACUGGAUUCGCCAAAUAUAUGACCCAUGAUGAAAGUCCUCGAACUGUGCAACCCGUUCAAUUUGCAGUCGGUGGAGCUGUUACAGUAAGUGCUACUCCCAAAUUGAAAAAAGUAGCUGAAAUUAAUUCCCCGCUAUUUGCUCGAAAUCGAUGCUACAGUUUAGGUUCUGAAAACUCAUCACCACCAUCACUUAGUCCUCAACAAAUUCCUGUACGCAUUGGUGGAGCUGUAGUAAGAAAUGGACAUUAUGUUAGUCAUAAUGACUUAGUUGCAUUCGAACAAGAAGUUGUUAUGUCUCCACAAAAUAGUAUUACCCACACGAGUGGAUCAAGUGGAUCUGGAAGUGACUGUAGUAUUGUUGGUCGCGCAUCGCCAAAUUUAGCUCUAUCGCGUCAUAAUACUGACAAUCUUCAGGCAUAUUUAAAAGAAGUGACAAAAGAAUUGGCUACAGAAAUUAAAUCUGAAAUUCGAGGAGUGAUUUCCUGUGUUGAAGAUGUAUUAGAAAAUACAGAUUCCGUAGAUAUGAGUAGUUUACCAUUUAUGGCCGAAAGACAUAAUAGUUCUAGCGAUGAAAGUCGUGGUGAUUCAGUAUCGGCAAAUGAUGUUUGCGAAUAUUUAGUAGGUGUUUCAAAAGAAAUGGCAAGUGAAGUAAAAUCUGAAAUUCGUGAAAUGGUUAGCGCUGUUGAUAUUCAACUUGAUAAGCCAUCUAGACAGAGUCGAUUUAGCUCAGAGCGUUUACAACUUUGCACAGGCGCUAUACCAAAGCAUAGUAGAGCGAGUCAAGAGAAUGAUAAUUUGUCAACUGAAUCGAUUGUUAAUCCAUUAAAUAAAUCACACAGUAGUUCCAAAUUAAGUGACGAUCAUUCUAGUUUAGAUUUAGAUAUAAAAGCACAUCCUCAUGUUUGGCCUACAAUUAACAGUGUCAGUUCCCAAGAUAGUGGUAUCAAUUUAUCUUUUCAAGAACAAGAUUCAGUUUUAUCACAGGCAAACAUUAAUUCUGAUCAUAAACAACGUAGUAGUUCCGAAUCAUCAACAUGUCGGCGAUUACGUAAAAACAAUGGUGUAUUUCCUAGUCCAAGAACCUUCUAUUCGCAACGGCCUGUUGGUAGUGAUAUUCAAGAAACUAAAGACUCAACUAGUGAUUUAGCACAACAAAUUGAUGAACGGCUUAAAUUUGAUUCUCCGGAUGAUAAAAAAGCUUGGUAUACUCCACCAAAAAAUAUUUGGAAACCAGUUUUAGAGGCCACAAAUGAAUUCGAUAUGAUACUCCAUGGAGAUAAAGUAUUAAUUUGUGUAGCUGGUGAUAUUAGUUCGUUAACAUUAUUACACACUCUACUCCAAUAUCAGUAUUAUUUACAAAAUAAAGGCAUUGACUUCACGAUUGGUGCUACUGCAAUAUAUCAUUCAAAGGCCUUAUACGACACUACGACAUUAGUUUCUUAUUUAGAAUCAUUAAAUAUCAAAUAUUAUCAAUUAGACGAAGUAAAUCAAAAUUUAAAUAUUUCUGAAUCUACUGAUGAAACACUUGCACAAUAUUCCACAACUCUUGACGAUUCCGCAUUCAUAAAUUCCAAAAUACAAGCACAACUAUAUACAUUAUCGAAAAAAGAAGGUUUUAAUGUUUUGGCAGUCGGACAUCAUUUGGAUGAUUUGGCUGAAGAAUUCGUAAAGUCUAUUUUUCAAAAUGGCAAAUUACAAACAAUGAAAGCUUUAUGUGUUGUAAAAGAUCAUAAUUUACGUAUAAUACGACCAUUAAUUUAUGUACGAGAAGAAUCAAUUCGUCAAUUUGUCGAAAGUCGAAAUAUAUCAAUAAUUAUUGAUAAAUCCAAAAAAAUCCAACAUUCACCGAUAAAAGAAAAAACUGAAAUGCGUUCAUUCUUAAGCCAACAAGAAACAAUGUUCCCUAAUUUAUUUGCAAACAUAAGAUCAGUUUUACAACCAUUAAUAAGUAACGACAUAACUGUUGAUGAUGGUAAAACUUCAAACGAUGAUAGUAGCCGUAGUAGUGAUAGAUCAAGUAAUGUAUUUUUUGAUUGUGAAAAGGAAUAAAAUUCAUAAAAAGAAAUUCACAGGUAUGUGAAUGAUAUUUUUGGAAUAUAAAUUAUAAAAUGCAUGGCUACACAUACUUAAUUUUGUUGGUGAGCUACUUACAAAUUUUCUGAAAGUAGAGGAAGAUUUUUUUUGCAGUAGCUAUGCAGUGAUAUUUUAGUUACAAAUAUGCUUUUUCUAUUUAUAUAGUAACAUAAAUAAAAAUUUCUUCCAAUCAUACCAAACAG